GGUUAGCCUUUACCACCCACAUUCUAACCCCAUUGAUAAAUUUGCGAACAUGAACUAGUGAGUUUUUACCAUUAUUUUAUUGUUAUUUUAUUUUGCUUUAUUUUAUUCCUUAGUCUUUCUUGUUCUCUGUUUCUAUACGUUUCGAUUUCAUCGUAUUUAUUUCCUUACUAUUCUCAAAUCAUUCUUUACGAGCUUUUUUUCUUUCUUUCGACUACUAAUCUAUCUUUAUUUCUUUACUUUUAACAUUAUAAAGGAAUUCUAAGUCAGGCUGGAUUUUAUAAUUUCCGUUUCUGUUUUUUAUCCAUUGUUGAGCAAUCAAUUAUCAGUGAUAAUAAUAAAUAUAUUAGCGUCUAAUGGCAUUCUCUCGUAGUAAAAGUCGUUUAAAAAACACCAGAAAACAAGAGAGAAUUAGUAACGACUCAAGUUUCUCAAGAGAAAGUGUUCGCUUUAAGCAUCCACCUUUAAGCAGAAACAAUUUGUUGAAUGCAUCUCAUUCAUCACAACCUAUCAUACGACAUUCUUCAGUGAAAACAGAUCGCCCGCAUUUUCAACGUGCUAGUACUUUGGUACCUGAACAGUCCAGCGAAAUAUUAAACGAUGCCGUUGAAGAGCCAGUAAAUGAUAAUCUUUCUUUUCAUGAAACUUCGUCAGUCUUUUCCUCUCCUUCUCAAUCUGUGUCGGUCCAGUCAGCCGCCUCACCUAAAGCUAAUAGCAUCUAUGAUAAUGCUAAUCCUUUUGUUCAGAGUGAACUGGAUAAAAAUGAUUCACCUCUCCUGCCGUCCAGCCGACAAUCCGGCUUUUCUGCAAUUAAUAGAAAUGAAUUAGAUGCUUCGAAUAGGCAGGAACGUUCGACCAGUCUCCCCCUCUCAUCUCAUCCAGAACGACUCAAUUCCCAACCUGGAGUUCCCCGUCUCCCAGUAUCUAGAUUAAAUCGUCCAGUACCCAGUACUAGCAAUGGCAGGAAUAGAAUUGUGUCUGAAGUCACUCAUCCUCCCCGGAUUUCCAAUGAAAUUGAUAAUUACAAUACAAGAAGUGUGUCGCUUCCUUUACAUCAGUCCGUACUUGAUAAUACGUUUUACAAUUCGCAUCAUCCUGAUGAUGAAUCUAGUCCUUUUGCUCCUGUGGAGGAUAUUGUUCCUUUUAGAGAAUAUAACCUUGGGAAUACACAUUUACGGAAAGAUUCGAGACAUAACCUUUUAGACUAUGGAUCCUCUUCAAGCUCAAUGAGUAGCACGUCUGGAGCCCGAAAACCCGUUGCUAGUGCAAGCUACACUGGGAAUAUUGCUCAUCCAUUAUCUCAGUCCGAAAAUGCAAGUGAGGUUUUCAGUACCAGGGAAAUUCUUAGAAAUCGUUCAUCUAACCAUUCUGAUAAUUUGGAAAAGGUUAAGCAUUUGCAAACCCCAAAGGAAUCAGAUGUCUUACACACUCAGGUAAAGAAUGGUAUAUCUAGAUUUAUGGUCUUCUUCACUGUAGGUAUUAUAUUUCCUCCUUUGUGGGUGAUAGCAUCCUUUCUUCCUAUCCCGGGUAGCAGAACUUACAGAAUGCAAUGGAAACAUAUAUAUUGGAGGUUUAUUAAUCGAGUUGUCUCAUGUCUCGGCAUUGCAAUUGUAUUCUUAUUUAUUGGGUUAGGAAUUGCUGGAGCAUAACGAGAUAUCUAUACGUAAUAUUUAGAAGACAAUAGCUAAUGAGUAAGCAAAAUUUAUUAAAUCUAUUACCAAAAAUUAAUUAAAGAGUCUUUUUCUU